AUGAUUGACCCAGUCUCAUUCGUAGCAUCCUGCGCGCUCAUCAUGUGGGCGUGGUUCUAUGCUCCAGAUAAUCUACCACGAGCGUACAACAAGUGGAUCACAUCCGCUGCCCACGUAGAUAUUCGCCUCAUUGAAGCACUACGGCGUUGUCGGACUCGAGAGCUGAGUUAUGGGAAAGACACCGGCCAGGCUUCUCUCCUCGGUUCCAUGUGCGCAGAUCAUGACCUGCCUCACGAAUGGGGCGAUCCAUGCAAGACUAUCCCAUUUCCUUGUGAGAUAGUCCAUAUGGGACGCGGCCCAUCGUGCGAAUAUCACGCCUGGCGAAGAUUCUGGCUGUCGUGGAAAUGGUCGAUGUAUACUUACCUCCCCCUCGCCUUGGCCCUGCAGUUGCGGAAGCCGAAUCGCAACUCCCUCAGAAGCGCUCUGUUCUCAGCCGCCAGAUCAUCCGCCUUUCUAGGCACUUAUAUCGCUCUAUUCUACUACGGUGUUUGUCUUACCCGGACUCGAAUCGGCCCCCGUCUGCUCGGGAAAGAUGUGGCUUGUUGGCAGAAUAUAGAUGGCGGGUAUUGCGUCGGGGUAGGCUGCUUCCUCUGCGGCUGGAGCGUGUUGAUCGAGACGGCGAACCGAAGGAAAGAUAUGGCCCUGUUCGUUGCACCUCGUGCACUGGCCAUACUGCUACCUAGGCAGUAUGAAAUCAAGGUGCAGUGGAGAGAGACGCUGGCAUUUGCGUUGAGCACGGCAGUGGUUUUCACCUGUGCGAGAGAGAACCCCAGGAGAGUGAGAGGUAUGUUGGGCGGAAUAUUGGGACUUACCAUGAAAGAGUAA